GUAUAGGCUGCUUCAUGUUUUGGAGUUUGAUCCAAAUCGCAGGCGCAUGAGCGUCAUUGUAGAGAGUCCCUCAGGGGAAAAGCUUUUAUUCACAAAAGGAGCAGAAUCUUCCAUUCUUCCUCGUAGUAAGAGUGGAGAAAUAGACAAAACAAGGAUACAUGUGGAUGAAUUUGCUUUGAAAGGACUAAGAACUUUGUGCAUAGCCUACAGAAGAUUCACACCUGAGGAGUAUCAAGAAAUUGGCAAACGCCUUCAUGAGGCCAGGACUGCCUUACAGCAACGGGAAGAAAGAUUAGCAGAUGUAUUCAACUUCAUCGAAAGGGAUCUGGAAUUACUUGGGGCUACAGGAGUAGAAGACAAACUGCAGGAGAAAGUCCAAGAAACAAUAGAAGCGCUCAGGUUGGCUGGUAUCAAAGUGUGGGUGCUCACUGGAGAUAAGCACGAAACGGCUGUCAGUGUCAGUUUGUCGUGUGGACACUUCCAUAGAACCAUGAACAUCCUUGAGCUUGUGCAGCACAAGUCGGACAGUACAUGCGCAGAACAACUGAGGCAGCUAGCCAAGAGAAUAAAGGAAGACCAUGUUAUCCAGCAUGGACUGGUUGUGGAUGGGACCAGCCUUUCUCUUGCACUCAGGGAACAUGAAAAACUGUUCAUGGAAGUUUGCAAAAACUGUUCUGCAGUGUUGUGCUGUCGCAUGGCACCUCUUCAGAAAGCAAAGGUAGUGAGACUAUUAAAAACGUCUCCAGAGAAACCUAUAACAUUAGCGAUUGGUGAUGGUGCUAAUGAUGUGAGCAUGAUUCAGGAAGCGCAUGUUGGCAUAGGAAUCAUGGGUAAAGAAGGACGACAAGCUGUAAGAAAUAGUGACUAUGCAAUAGCACGGUUUAAAUUCCUCUCCAAGUUGCUUUUUGUUCAUGGGCACUUUUACUAUAUUAGAAUAGCAACCCUUGUACAGUACUUUUUUUAUAAGAAUGUGUGCUUUAUUACACCACAAUUUUUAUAUCAGUUCUUCUGUUUGUUUUCACAACAAACGCUCUAUGACAGUGUAUACCUGACUUUGUACAAUAUUUGUUUCACUUCCUUGCCUGUCCUCAUAUACAGUCUUUUUGAACAGCAUGUGCAUCCGCAUGUAUUGCAGAGUAAACCCGUGCUCUAUCGAGACAUCAGUAAAAAUUCCCAUCUGGGGUUUAAACCAUUUCUUUACUGGACCAUCUUGGGCUUCUUUCAUGCAUUUGUUUUCUUUUAUGGCUCGUAUCUUCUAAUGGGAGAAGACACUUCCCUGCUAGGAAAUGGCCAGAUGUUUGGAAACUGGACAUUUGGUACUUUGGUCUUCACCGUUAUGGUUAUAACUGUUACGAUGAAGAUGGCACUAGAAACUCACUUCUGGACAUGGAUAAACCAUUUUGUUACUUGGGGAUCCAUUGUAUUUUAUUUCAUAUUCUCCUUGUUUUAUGGGGGAAUUAUCUGGCCAUUUUUACAUACCCAGGACAUGUACUUUGUAUUUGUUCAGCUGUUGUCAAGUGGUUCUGCUUGGUUUGCCAUAAUCCUCAUAGUAGUUGCUUGUUUGUUUAUUGAUGUUGUGAAGAAAGUGCUGUACAGACAUCUACAACCAACAAGUACUGAAAAAGCUCAGCUUACUGAGGCAGGUUCAGGUAUCAACUGCUUGGACUCCAUGUGCUGCUUCUCAGAUGGGGAAACAGCAUGCACAUCUGUUAGAAGAAUGCUGGAACGACUAAUGGGAAGAUGUAGUCCAUCCCGGGUCAACAGAUCAUGGAGUUCAUCGGAUCCCUUCUAUGCCAACGACAGAAGCAUCUUGACUCUCUCCACAAUGGACUCAUCCACUUGUUAAUAGGGACGUUUGUAAAUGCCCUGUGGAAGCCCUGUGGUGCUCACACACCUCUAGUAGGUCCUGAAGCGAGUUCAGUGCUACAUCCCUGCCCUAGAAAAGACUUAGCAUGAUGCCUCCCACAAACCGUGGCUUGUCUUGUGGCCUAGCAUAAGUCAUUUGGACAGUAAUCGCUUCCAGUAUUUUUUUUUUCCUAAUCCUAUC